CCUUUCUAUGGCGUCGAUCCGAUUUACGAAUCCAACAACAGAGGGAGUUAGGUUUGUAGUUGGAGGGAUGGGGUUGUUUUUCCUCUGCAACCAGGAGCAUUCGAAUGAAUAUGACACACAAAGUAUUUACUUACUGUUCCUUAUAGAAAUCAGGAUGUGAACAAACAUGCGAUGUCUAGUCUUAGGAUCAAAUCAGAUAUCAAGCAGAUACUCGUAGUCCUACUUAUUGUUAUUUUCUUCGUAACCCUAAUAUUCCUAAACUAUGUGCUGUUUUCCACGAGGGCUUUCAUUUACGAGCAGAACAUCAAGAACCAAAUACCACCAAUUCCAGGACGGUUCUUGUGGAGCCUGCCGAUAAGCAACGAAAGUUACUGCAACUUCAACUAUGGUCUUCCGAAUAAGUUGAAUUUUUCAGAAUCAGAUCUGCACUUCCCCCCGCAAGAGGGCACGAAUAGUUCCUAUAGGGUGCUGUAUAAUGUCGUUGAGGGAGAUGUUGAGGAAUCCGUGCCAAAAGUGACUUACGUCACGCAUGUUACUGUGGAUUUUGUCUUGUUCAUUCCGGAAAUUGUAAGGUACUGGAAUGGGCCAAUAAGCAUAGCUGCUUUCGUUCCUGCUCAAGAUGCACAAAUAUUUUUUCAGAAAUUAUUCCGCAUAUGCCUUUGCCUUGCUGACAUGUCCAGAGUUUCUAUCCACUUAGUAUUUCCAGUGAAUUUCGAGCCAUAUCUGGAGGAGUUUACCAAUUCCUCUCACUUUCAAGACUGCGAAGUCAGAAACGAAUUCAAAGAUAAAUUCAAUAGAAUAGAGCACGAUAUAUCUUAUCCGAUAAACGUUGGGAGGAACGUGGCCAGAGAAGCUGCGAAUACUCACUUCGUAAUGGUUACUGAUAUCGAACUUAUUCCUUCCGCACACCUAGCCGAAAGUUUUUUAGAAAUGAUGCAGUUUUUCAGGGGAAUUGACCCCGUGACGCAGGUUUACGUAGUUCCUACUUUCGAGGUAGAAAUAGGUUAUGACAUGCCGUUGACUAAAAAAAAUUUGCUCGAGUUGGUGGAUGCUGGAGCAGCCGUUUAUUUUCAUAAAUUUUUGUGUCCGCAUUGCCAGAAGUUUCCUGGGAUUGAUGCUUGGGUAACGAAGCAGGAGAGAAAAAGCGUUGAACCAUUUUUGUCUGUGAAAAGAGAAUAUCCCUUCCAUAGAUGGGAACCUAUUUUUAUAGGAACGAAACUGGAUCCUUUAUAUGAUGAAGCACUCUCAUGGGAAGGAUUGCAAGACAAAAUGCCUCAGAUGCUUCAGAUGUGCCUUCUGAACUAUAGAUUCGUUAUAUUGGAUAAUGCCUUCUUGGUCCAUUGGCCUGGUAUCAAAGGCAGGCAUAAAAGAACCAAUGAUGGAUGGAGGACUCCAUACAUAAAAAGAAACACUGAACGAUAUGGUCAUAUUAUACGACAGAUUGCUUCCACGACAGAAAGUUCAGUUAACCGAAAAUGUAGAUUACAGUGAAAUUGUUGAAUAAAUAUUUUAUUUUGUUGUGA